GCAAGGUGAGCACGUCCCUCCCCAUAAAUGCAGGUGCAGCUCCUUCCCCUUCCAGAGACCACAGACGACACCAAAGGAUGAAAUCCUCAAAGCUGGUGCUGUCGCUGCUGGUUGCAGCUCUCCUGCUGCAUGUGGUCACCAUGCUGAAGAUCAGCGCCUUCAACAUCAAGACAUUUGGGGACAGCAAGAUGUCCAACCAGACUAUCACAGAUAUCAUCGUCUCUAUCCUGUUGGAGUACGACAUCACCUUGGUACAGGAGGUCCGGGAUGCCGACCUGACAGCCGUGAAGAAGCUCAUGGACCAGCUGAACAGCAUGUCCCGGCACCCAUACAGCUUCUUGGACAGCAUCCCACUGGGUCGGAACAGCUACAAGGAGCAGUAUGUCUUCAUCUACAGGUCGGACAUGGUCUCCGUGCUGAGAAGCUACUACUAUGAUGAUGGCUGUGAGUCCUGUGGGACCGACACCUUCAGCAGGGAGCCCUUCAUCGUCGAGUUCUCCUCACCCACCACGCAGGUGGAGGAGUUUGUGAUGGUGCCCCUGCACGCCGAGCCCAGCAACGCAGCUUCCGAGAUCGACGCGCUCUACGAUGUCUACAUUGACGUUGUCAACAAGUGGGCAACUAAUAACAUCCUUUUCCUGGGUGACUUCAACGCCGGCUGCUCCUAUGUGGCCAGUGCCCAGUGGCCAUCCAUCCGCCUGCGUUCCCUCUGUGCUUGUGAGUGGCUCAUCCCUGACAGCGCUGACACCACCGUCGCUGACACCACCAGCUGUGCCUAUGACCGCAUCGUCGCCUGUGGCACUGCCCUGCGCCAAGACAUCGAGCCUGGCUCUGCUACCGUCAACAACUUCCAGAAGACUUUCCAUCUGCAGAUCAAGGAUGCUUUGGCUGUCAGCGACCAUUUCCCAGUGGAGGUGACCCUGAAAGCCCGCUGAGCCCGUCCCUGCACUGGUAGCUACCAGGACACCCCAGCAGGCACCUGCAUCCCUCGUGGGAGCCCACAGCCCACCAGCACCAGCCAAGUAGCCCACCGUCUCUGCAAGGAGCUGCUCUUCAGAAUCUUGUGGGAGUGGGAUGCUCUCUGCUUCCAUUAAAAAACGAGCCUUUUCCA